AUGAAAGCGCAAUCACAGGACCUGGAACUAGUACCGCCCAAGACCAAUGGUCUCCGCACAGAUGGACUGGUCAAGAUAGACAAAAACCGUUUCAUCGAUGCCUAUGUGAACUCUCAACGCUCAUUCUCAAAGCUACAUGCUGAGGAAGGCCGUGCAGCCUUCGCAUCAUGGAAGACAGGGACGUCCGAGCUACAAACGACACCACCGGCGAAUCUCCGUUCUAGAGGCAUCGACGUGCCAGCUGUCUUUGACACACCGAUUCUCAAGCCACGAGCCGCACGUGAAGUGAGGUCUACCUCUGCUGCAGAUAUGAAAAAAGGCAAGCAUAAGGAGAAGGAGCAGCGGGCGGGGACGCACGAUCGAGUGACGAGGGGAGAGACCAGGCCCGAGCAAACUAAAGCUAGUUCUUCCAAGAAACGCUCAACAGAAAGCACAAGACAACAGACGCUAGAUGAUCUCAUGAAGCCGAACAAAACACAGAAGAGCGGUUCCGAGCUGGUGAAGAAGAGUUUCAAGAAGCGUCCGCACAGCCCGGAUACGACAGAUGAAGAAAACGCUGCACGCCUUGCGGAACGACGCGAACGCAGACGCACGAAACGAGCAAUUAUCGAGCCUCGGCACAUUUCAGACGAGGAUGACGAGGAUGAGCCUGCGAAUGGACAUGAAAUUCACAUAAAAAAGACGAAGAAGGGAAAAGCCGAAGACAGGAAGGGCAAGAGACUGAGCAUGACUGCGGGUCUAGCACUCAUGCACGGGUUUCAUGCGAAGAACAUUGGAAAGAAUAGAUUAACGAGCAAUCCCGAGCAGCGUCCUGGUGUGUUCAACAAAGGAAAAGCAUCUACGAAGGUUCCAGUACAGAACCUCUCUACAAAGCGCAAGGCCACAGGUUUAAUCUUCUCUGAAGCUCGCUUCCUGGACAAGAGCGGAGCCAUCGCUGAAAAUAGCACUGAGGCUAUGUCCGAUGAGACGUCUGACAAAAAGGGUCCCGACAGGGAAGUGCUCAAAGACGUCUAG